CAGUGAAUUAAAAAGAAAAAUUUGAACAGAAGUGGCUCUGAUUCACAGUGAGAGAGAGAUGGCAGCUGAGAACGGGUUGGAGUUGGAGAGAGUGGGAGGAGAAGGAGAAGAACAAGAAGAAGCAGAAGAAGUCAAAGGUUGUUUGAGCAAGUUCAUCGAUGAUGGCACCGUUGAAACUCACAGAUACUACUUGUCUCGCAGAACCACUCUGGAAAUGCUCAGAGACAGAGGUUACUCCAUUCCCUCCACCGAAAUCGACCUUUCUCUCUCCCAAUUCCGCAACAUGCACGGCCAUUCCCCCGACCCUGACCGUCUCCGCCUCUCCCUCACUCACGCCACCAACCCUUCCAAAAGGAUUUUAGUCAUUUUCUGCGGGCCAGGUUCUGUGAAAGUUACUGCCAUUCGGAACAUUGCGGGGCAGAUUGUUAAUAGAGACACUUUGAGUGGUCUUAUUUUGAUAGUGGAGAAUCAUGUUACUAGCCAGGCCUUGAAAGCCGUUGCUCUUUUUUCCUUCAAGGUUGAAAUUUUCCAGAUCACAGACUUGCUUGUUAAUAUUACAAAGCAUGUGUUGAAGCCAAAGCAUCAGGUGCUGACUGAUAGGCAGAAGAAAAAUCUCCUGAAGAAGUUCAAUAUAGAAGAAAAGCAGCUUCCCCGCAUGCUACAGAGUGAUGCAGUUGCACGAUAUUAUGGACUUGAGAGGGGCCAAGUAGUUAAAGUUACCUAUAGUGGUGAAAUCACCCAGAUGCAUGUCACGUAUCGAUGUGUGUGGUGAUAGUUUCUUGUGCUCUCUUGUAGUUUUGCAGGUUUAAUUCCUAGUAUUUAACUGUUGUAUCAUGCUUAAGGUUAUGAUUGCAUAAGUUGAUCAAUCCUAACGCUCUGAAUCUGUACUCUGUAAAUUUGGUGGUGACAUUUCUCUCUCUUAACUUGAAGAACAACCUUUCAACAACUUCA